AUGCCUGUGGAAGCGGAAGUGCUCCCGACGCCGACGCGUCUGCCCCCAGAUGACGCGAUGCACGUGGUAGGAAGCCUCAUCCGGUAUAUUCUCAUCAUCGUUAUCGUCGUCUUUGGCAUCAUUCCCGCCUUGUGUGGGACCGUGUUCCCCCCUUUCUCAGCGUUGUGGAGCAUCCUGAAGGCUGUGUCGCCGUAUGCGUGGGCCUCGAUGGGAACCGGCAUCGGCAUCGCACUUUCCAUUCUCGGCGCCGCGUGGGGCAUCCUAACGAGUGGUGCGUCAAUCAGCGGUGCGGCUAUCCGGGCCCCAGAAAUCCGGAGCAAGAACCUCAUCUCCAUCAUUUUUUGUGAAGCCGUGGCUAUCUACGGUGUCAUUCUCUCCAUCAUUAUGAUGGGAAAGAUUCAGGCGAGCAGUUCUUCUGUCGGUAGUGGCGGCGUCUACGAGUACGAGACCAUCGCUGGCGGCUACACCCUCUUCGCUGCCGGGGUCGCCGUGGGCAUCGGCAACAUGGCGUGCGGUAUCGCCGUUGGCAUUGUUGGCAGCAGCUGUGCCAUUGCCGAUGCACACAAUAGCAGCUUGUUUGUGAAGGUGCUCGUGAUUGAGAUUUUCGCCUCGGCGCUUGGUAUCUUUGCGGUCAUUACGGGCAUUCUGAUGGCGCAGAAGGUUCAAAUGAAGUAG